UUUUCCUAUCGUUUAUGCCUUUUGCUGUUAGAAUUGGUGCAAAUCCUAAUAUAGUGGAAUAACCUACUGUUCGAAUGGUGUCACAGAUGAUUAUCGUCUAUUUUGUGGUAAUCUUGGGAAUGAGGUCAAUGAAGAUGUCCUAUCAAAAUCCUUUUCAACGUUUCCAACCUUUAACAAGGCUAAGGCUGUGAGAAACAAGCGGACUAGUAAGACCAGGGGAUAUGGAUUUGUGAGUUUUUCCAACUCAUUAGACCGUGCUGCGACACUUAAAGAAAUGAAUGGAGGAGAACAGAAGACAAUUUCUAUAGGAGCAUUUGCAGAUGACCUUUGUACAUCUUUAGCUUUGUCAUGGCUCAACAGUUAUUCCAAAGAGAUGCACAAACGAUCACACCUGAAGCACUUGAAAAUGUGAAAGCUGCACUUGCGAGCAGCGAAAUCGAGCACAAAGCUGAGGCCAAGAAGAAAGCUGUACCUCGUAAGGAAGCAGGACAGAGUUGGGAAGAUCCUACUCUGGCAGAGUGGCCCGAGAAUGAUUACCGUCUAUUCUGUGGUGAUCUUGGGAAUGAGGUGAAUGAUGAUGUCCCAUCAAAAGCCUUUUCAAGGUUUCCAACUUUUAAUAUGGCUAAGGUUGUGAGAGACAAGCGGACUGGUAAGACCAGUGAAUAUGGAUUUUUGUCUCUACCAAAUAAGCUAAUGGGUGACAAGAAGAAGGCUGGCGCUCUAUUCGUGAGGCUUGUUUCAGCUGCUGGAACUGGAUUUUUCUAUGUGAAGAAGAAGACCAAAACACUUGUAACGAAUCAGACGAAGCUUGAAUUUAGAAAGUUUGAUCCUCGUGUGAAUUGUCAUGUUCUGUUCAAGGAAGAAAAGAUGAAGUGAUGCAAACGCCAAAUUUGUUCCAAAUCAUCUUUUUUUAACUGUUAGCUUUCAUUUUUGCAGCAGCCAGUUGUGAAAUUAGACAAUAGGACCUUUGGCUCACUUGUGCUACAACAAUAAUGUUUGUUUGUUUAGUUUAAUUUAUGCAGUUCUCUGAAUUCGUUCGUGAUCAUGAUGAGUGAAACAUAGUUAUACAAGAGUGACUUUGAAAAUGUAAUAGCUGAUGUAGCAGGGCAAACAACUUUAUAACAUAUAGUCUUGAUAACCCCAA